AUGCGGUCUGCGGGGAAGAUGCCGGCAGCGUCGGCCGGAGGGCACCACGCCGCACAACAGACCGGCGCUUCCCCUAUCGACGCUGGACCGGCCACGGGGCCGUUCCCGCUGACUCUCAUGCUCGACCACCGGACGGACAACGGCGGCACAUCAUCGUCGUGGGUAGCGCCGGCGGCACCCGGGCGCACACGGUCAACGUCAGCCACCGCGGGGAGGAGGGCGAGAGGAGACCGCGCGGAUGCCGCGAGUGCUUGGCCCCGGGGGUCCUACCAAACAGCGGCGCCGCUCAAGGAGACGGGCCGCCAUCAUCAUCGUCUGCCGCCGCUGAUGGAGAAUAUUCGGAGGGCCAUACCGCUUGGGUGUUUUCCUGCGGGCACGAGUUCUCGCUGGGGCACCUUCUCCGGAGCGUGGUGCCGGCUAGCACGUCGAGCAUCCGUCAGGCCACGGCCUCCCUGCAACGCACGCAGCAGGUGGUGGCGCUGGAGUGCGAGCGGGGCCACGGCGCCGGGGCGGCGUGCCCGGUGCGCGCGGCGAAGGGGCUGAUGCAGCCGGCCGCGGCGCAGGCGGCGCCGGCGGCGACGGGCGGGCGGUGGUGGCGGCGGGUGGCAUUCCUGCCCCGCCCCCUCUGCCGCCGGUACGGCGGUCCUCUGCCACCGGCACGGCGGUUGCAGAUGUGAGACACCCAGGGCGUGCGACAGCGGCACUGUGUGGGUUUCGCCCUGCGCUGCUUGGGAUGUCGUCGGCCUCUCGGUGUAGGGCGAGCGGAGAGGGGAGGGGUGCUUGUGUCAAAAGCGGGUUGAGUUGCCUAGCUCCUUGCCUCUGGGUGCCGAUUUGUCCUUCGCAUUUUGCUGCAGCGUGUUUCCUGCGUGUGAUGCCCAUCUCCCUCUCACCCUAUUAUAGUGUUCGCGUAGCUUGGCUUCCGUUCGUGGCACAGCAUCAUUACGACGAUUGGAGUCUUCAGCAAUGCACACAGCGUGCCCCUCGUUCUAUCCGUUCGUGACGCCAUCGUACCGCGGAUCUCAAUGCAGAACCGAUCCCAGAUGUUCGUGUGAUGCACCUGGAAAUACCAGGAUUGGAGUCGUGCAGUAGCAUAGCAGCAGCAGCCGUAGCUUCCUAAACGUUUUCCUGGCGC